AUGCUACAGGCAUGGAUUGUACUCACAGCAGUUGGGCUGCUGGUGAACCUCAAAGCAGAACCCUGCCGCAAGGGGACCCUGUCCUCCGACCAACCUCCCCUCAGCACCACCGCAGCAGAAGUCUGUGACAAAGGGAAUAUGACCACCAACACAGCUCCUCAGGUGCAGCCUGGAGCCAGCAUCAGCCUCUCCUGCCAGCUGCAGGCUGUGCCAUCCCCUCAGCAGUGCAGCACAGCCAUCUUCGUCAACGGCUCGCAGCUGAGCCUGAGCCCUGGCCGCUCCUCCCGCGCCUCCUUCGUGGUGCGCGCCUACGGCAGGCACACCUUCACCUGCAAGCAGCUCUGCCACCCCGCCUCCAAACUCCGCUGUGGACUGGAUGUUGAAGCUGGAAACCCUCCAGAUGAGCCACAGAAUGUGUCAUGUAUCCAGUAUGGGACAAAUGGCCACCCCACCUGCACCUGGGACAAAGGGAGGCUCACCUACCUCAGCACAACCUACCUGCUACAGCUGUCAAACAGGACAGAUGUCCUGUGUUUUUCAGAAGAAGGUGUGGCUCAGGAGGGCAGCUCCCUGGCUCUCAGCAAGCUGAGCUUUGACUCUUGGUACAAGGUUGUGGUUGUGGCCUCCAACAAGCUCGGAAGUGCUCGUUCAGAGCCCCUUCUCUUCAUGCCAAUAGACAUUGUGAAACCACAUCCUCCCAAAUUUUGGGUGGAAUUUGAGAAUUCUUCUGAGGCCAGCUGCACCUCCAUUUGGUCCAAUGAAACCCAAGAGAGACACUGCAGGCUGAGAUACCGACCACUCAGCAAGCACUCCUGGAGCAUGGUUGAGAGCUUGGGCAGUGUGAACUGGAGUCUGUGUGGGCUGGAGCCUCACACAGCCUACGAGUUUCAGCUCAGCUGUAAAAUCCACCCCGAGCGAGGACUGUGGAGCAACUGGCACAGCUACCAAGCCUGGCCUCCAGAAGCAGUGCCAGCUGGGCUCCUGGAUGUCUGGUACCGACAGCAGGAUGUGGACAGCCACAGACAGAACAUCUCCUUGUUUUGGAAGGCUUUGAGCAAGUCAGAGGCAAGAGGAAGGAUCCUGCAGUACACAGUGACCUUUGAGGCCCUGGACCCAUGGAACUCCUCCAAAGAAGCACAUGUCAUCACCCAAACCAGCUACACCAGGGCCAUGCCAAGGGUGGACUACAAGAUAACUGUCACUGCUGAGAACUCAAGGGGCAGCUCUCCCCCUGCAACCAUCAUGACCAACCUGGGCACCCAGGACCUACCUCCUCCUCAGAAGGUCUCUGCCAUAGCCAUGGGAAAGAGAAGCAUCUUGGUCAGUUGGAAGCCACCCACUGGAUCAGCUGUGCCCAUCAGUGGAUACGUGGUGGAGUGGGCAGGCACAGAGAGGGACACACACACAGAGCCACCUCCAGCCUGGGUGAAGCUUCCAGCAUCCAACCUCUCCACACUGCUGACAGAGCAGAUAACAGAGAAGGUGUGCUACCACAUCAAGGUGUUUGCCCUCUAUCAGGCCAGAGCUGGACAAGUGGCAUCAGUCACGGGAAUCUCAACAGCAGAAGCACCAUCAGCUGGGCUUCAGAUCUACACACCACCACAGGCAGAGGGACUCUUGGUGUCAUGGGAAGCCAUCCCUGCCCACCAGCAGAGGGGCUGCAGCACAGGGUACCAAACAAACCUAGGGAGCAGGGAUGGGCCAGGAGCCCUAGCCAUUUCCAACACGAGUGGCCAGCCCUCCCUGGACAUCCCUGACCUGCAGCCUGGCAACUACAUCCUGUGGGUGACAGCACCAACAGCUGCUGGUGAGAGGCCCUCAGGCAACAGUGAGCUCCUCUGCUUGGAAAGUGCUGGGGACUGGUUGACUCUUGUGCUCACCUGCAGCCUCUUCAUCCUCUUAGCCUGUGCUUGCUCUGUGCCUCCAGUGAGGAAAGCGUUACACCAGCUCCUCUCCAGGAUGCUGCCCCAGGGGCAGAGCAAAGCCAUUCCAGAUCCAGCUAACGCCACGUGGGUGAAGAACCACACAGCUAUGAAGGCUGAGCUGAUGUUUCCUUCCAGCCUCUUCCUCCCAGACACCAGCAGCUAUGAAGAGCCUGAAACAAUCCAAGUGGAGGAGGAAACCUUCCUGAAGAUCAACCUCCAGGACAAGCUGCUCUUGGGCACCACUGGCAGGAGUGGCAAUGGUGAUUGGCCAGCAGAGAGUGGCUCAGGGCAGGAGGAACCUGGGUACCUGACUCUCCCUGGCACAACAGAUGGGGAGGUUGAUGAGCAGCAGCUUCCUCACCUCUACAAGAGGAUGGUGGUGGAGGUGAUGGAGCCAGCACAGACUGUUUCUGAGUACAUCACCAACCCCAUCACUGACAUGGCCACCACAUACCUACCCCUAGUCCCAGGCACUCCUGAAGAGCUCCCUGAACUUGAGUGUGAGCCACUCUCCAUCUUCCCAACAGCUUCUUUGAUGCCUUCCUAUGGAGGGAACCUUACCUUGGAUCAGGUGAAAAUCAACUGCAGCUCUGUAAGAAGGUAG